UAAAGAUCCAUUGAUGAAACCUCCUGUGCAUGUUAUUCCAACAUUCCUUGAUCCUAGAGAUGCCUUAACUUCAGAAGAAGAAGAAGCUUUGCAUACUAUUAUGUUAAGAUUAGGGGAAGUUGUGAAAAAACAUAGAAUCUUACUUAAACCACACUUCCAAGAUAAAGUAUAUAUAUGAUUUAAAUAUUAUAGGAUAAAACUAAAUCUGGAAAGAUUACUUUUACUCGAUUUAGAUCUAUAAUGGAUUUUCAUAAAUUGCCAUUAACUGAUGAUUAAUUUAGAGUCAUUUGUAAAAGGUAACUAUUUAAAUAUUAUAAUUUCUUAUAGAUUUGCUUACUAGGGUAUUGAAUUCAAUUAUGUGGAAUUUGAUGAAAUUUUAAAGAAAUACGAGAAUUUUUAUCAAUGA